AUGACGACCACGGCCAUGAAAGAUCAGGACACACCGCAUCCACUGCCAAGAGGACUGCCUGUUGAACUCUUCAAGCUCAUCCUAAGCUACAUCGAGCCGAACCACGAACAAGCUCUUCCCAUCGACAAAGCGAUCGCCAGUCGGCAGUUCUUGAGCGUGGAAAGUCUUGAGCCACCUGACCCUUCACACGGCUCAGUGCGAGACUCGCUCUCAACGAUCGGCAACUUUCGACUGUCCUGUAAGGUCUUCAAGCAGAUUGGGGCGCCAUUCCUAUUCACCAGGGUCGCGACCCGCUUCUCCAAGGACGGCCUGAAGAAGCUCGAGCGCCUGUCGCAUUGGCAGCAUCUUGCGUGUCACGUAAAGCGCUUCACGUACCUUGUUCCGUACUUUGUCAAAGGAGAGCUCAGCGACUUUGACAGGCUACAGUCAGAGCUCCGACAGGAAGGUGUGCAGGCGGUCGAUUCUCUGGCUCUGCGAGACAAAAUCCGCGAGCAAAGAACGACAAUUGCCCAGCAAGAGGAUGCUCGUAUACUAAAGAAGGCGAUCGCCAGCUUCACUUCUUUACAGCUCAUACAAAUCCUUAGAGUGGCGAACAGGGAAGAUGCUAUGCUGUCUGAUUACUUACGCCGUCAUGAGGAAGUCCGGAGGGUGAUCAACCUGGAUUGGACUUCGGCUUGUUCGCACGCAGCGCGCACUGUCGGAACAGCCCUUCUCGACUCCAGCAACAUGGAGUGGAACCGGUUCUCCUUGCCAAUGAUCAGCCCGACCAGCGCGCAAUUCCUGAAGCUGUCUGGUCCGAACUCUGUUCAGAUGCUGGCCGAACGACUUUCCUGCCUGACACUACACUUUGAUGACAGCGAAGAUCUCGAGGCAAAGCUCCAGGAUCUUUCGGAUUUGUUCAAAGCUGUUUUCUCGAAGGCAAAGAAGAUGAAAGCCAUUCACAUCGGGUUUCCUUCCCACCGACCGCUAGCUCUACCAUUGGAGAGUAUUUUCCACAACGUCACAUGGGACGACCUGGUGGCAUUCGGCGUGAAUGGCUGGGAGCUGGAGGAUGCAGAAAUCGUCGACUUCCUCAAGCGGCAUAAGGACAAGCUGAGAGGAGUGCGAUUGCGAGACGUGCAUCUCAAAGAUGGCAGCUCCUGGAGCGAAGUGCUGACCUUCCUUCGAAGCGAGCUACGCCAGUUGCAAUGGGUGAGCUUACGAAGAAUCGGCUACACCGCGUACUACAACUCACCAGAAUAUCUCCAAAUGGCAGGCGCCGAGGUACUACCCAUAGACAGCGAUACUGAUAGCGACGACGAGGAUGUACCACCAACCGAUCCUGGACCAGUCGAUCAAGAAACUCCGUCCGAAGACUCCCAAGAUGACAGAGACGAAGAUGACAGCGAGGAGUCUGAUGGAGAGUCCGAUGAUGAGCAUGGACCAGGGGCGAACGACAUGGACUUUCCGAAUCUGAAUUCGCCAGAUACUCCCUCAUCGGCGCCCCGGUGCAACUGUGGUGAUGGACGACAGAUAGACGCUGCGUCCGAGCUUCGGGACGACGAUAUCAGGGUUGAUAACUUGAAGCGAAAAUACUGGGAGAAGUGGGUAUUGCGAAGGUGCUUCGAGCAUGACUGCAGAUGA